AUGGCCGACAACCCGAGUGCUGCAUGGCCCUUGGCCGACGAAGCUCUGUCGCAGAAGAUUCUGGACACCGUUCAACAAGCCUCUCACCACCGCCAGCUGAGGAAAGGCGCAAACGAAACAACCAAAACCCUCAAUCGCGGCACCGCCGAACUCAUCGUUCUGGCCGCCGACACCUCUCCACUUGCCAUUCUCCUUCACCUUCCCCUCCUCGCCGAGGACAAGAACGUGCCCUACGUCUAUGUUAACUCCAAGACGGCGCUGGGAAGAGCUUGCGGUGUUUCACGGGCGGUUAUUGCGGCGAGCAUCACGACCAACGAGUCGAGUGAUCUGAUGCCUCAGAUCCGCGAGCUGAAGGACCGAGUCGAGAGACUCAUGAUCUAG